ACGUCCAUUAUUCUUGCUUAUUCUACCAGUCUCUUGUUUGCAAGUUCAACAAUGGAUGAUGAUGGUGAAGACCUCUAUGACUUGCCACAAACCAUGGAAUUUACACAUGAAGAUUUCUCUGAACUGAAUGAUAUAAUAAAUCUCACCGCCACAACUAACAAUGAAGAAAUAUCAGAGAUGUACAAAUCAUUCAACUCUACAACUGAUGUUGGUGGUGACAUAGAAAAUGAAAUGACCAAAGUGGACAAUGUCGAGACUAAUGGGCUAAAAUCAUUGUUAAUCGAGAAUUUUUCAACUCGAGAAGAGCUCCUUGAUAGGGUCCGCAAGGUGGGAUUAAUGGAAGGCUAUGUCACAACAAUCAGGAGAUUGAAAGUAGGUCGUUAUGUUCUUAUUGGUUGUGAUAGAGGUGGGAAAUAUCGAGCUCGUGGCACUAGUAUUUCAUUGGAUGAAAGGAAAAAAAUAUCAGCAUCUCGCCUUAUAGAUUGUCCUUUCCAGAUAAAGGGAAAAAAGAAAGUUGGUGAGAGUUGGAAAGUGGAGAUUAUAAAUGCAUCUCAUAAUCAUGGAUUGUCAAGUGAUAUGUCCGGACAUCCCUAUUGCCGUCGUUUUUCACAAGAAGAUAUGUUAAGCAUAAGACAAAUGACGUUGGCCGGUAUACCACCUCGACAAGUCUUUCUUCAUUGCGGCUGAGUGAUCCCAGUUGUAAAGCAAUAGCAAGGACAGUGUAUAAUGCAAAAAAUGCCAUCACAAAAGAAGUUUUAGUAGGUCGUACAAUGGUUCAAGCAUUAUUUGAUGAAUUGGGUAAAAGGGAUUUUUCUUUCGACGUAGAAUGUGAUGGAGAUGGCCAUUUGACUCAUUUGUUUUUUGCACAUCCUUCUUCAAUUGCACUAACCAAGAGUUAUCCAUAUGUCUUUGCAAUGGAUUGCACAUAUAAGACGAACAAAUAUAAGAUGCCAUUGCUUGAUAUAGUGGGAGUUUCAAGUUUUAAUGGAUCAUUUAUUCUUGUUUCGCCUUCAUGCAAAAAGAGGAAGAAGGAGAUUAUGUGUGGGCAUUGGAAAGAUUCAAAAAACUUUUGGGUCAUGACCAACAACCUUCGGUGAUUUUAUCGGAUAGAGAAUUAGCACUAAUGAAUGCUAUUCAACUUGUUUUCCCAGGUACUGCUCAUGUUUUAUGUGUGUGGCGCAUUGAGAAAAAUGUUUUAUCGAAAUGUAAGUCACAAUUUGAAAGUGGAAAAGAUUGGGAGACUUUUUUAUCUACUUGGACUAAUGUGAUUGAUUCGGUUGAUGAAUAUUCCUUUCAUCAAGCUUGGCAUCUACUUGAAGUUCAAUACAAGGAGAAGGAAUAUGUUAUCAAUUAUCUCAAGAAUACUUGGCUCCCUUUCAAAGAGAGAUUUGUAAAUGCAUGGAUAGGGAAACAUGCAUCCACACUUUGGGCAUCGUGUCACUUCAAGGGUUGAAGGUGCACAUUCAACGCUCAAGAGAUAUUUGACAGUUUCCACAGGUAAUUUCCGCGAGGUGAGGGAAAAAAUUUGUCUUGCAAUUGAAAAUCAAUACAAUGAAAUCAAGACGAAGAUUGCUAGUGAAAAGCUUCGCGUUACCCAUAAAUUUCAGAUUCCUAUGUUAAAGGAACUUGUUAGUCAUGUUUCCUUCUUUGCACUUGGAGAGCUUUUCAAGCAAUGUGAAUUGGCUCGGACAGAUUAUGUCUUGGGUCCUUGUACUGACCAUUUCUCAAGAACCAUGGGUCUACCUUGUGCACACAUGAUGAGAGAUAAGAAAGAUGGAACUUUGCUACUUGAUGAUGUACAUCCACAAUGGAGAAUUGAUAGAUCCUUUACUGAUAUGGAUCGUGGAGUAGACACAAAUGAGAGUGAAAUUGAAAGUCUUCUCAAGAGGUUCCAUGAUAAAUACAAACAAAUGCCUCUUGCUCAAAAAGAAGAUAGCCACAGGCGAAUUGCUGAACUUGUUGAUGAUGAAAUUCCGUUGACUCUUGAACCUAACAUUCAACCCCACAAACGAUGCCCAUUGGGUUCAAAGAAAAGAAAGGGUGAUUCCUCUACCACUCGUCAUCCUUCAGCGUUUGAGAUUGCGGAAAAGACCCGUAAAUGUAGUGUUUGCCACCGUGUUGGACACAAUAGCUGCACCUGCCCACACAAGGAUAAAAGCUCGGACCCUCAUUUUUGUCUUGGCCAACCAAGAUGUCUCUCUAAAUAUGCUAGAAACACCAUCUCAAUAUGAGAUCAAUACGUCAUUGCAGUUAUAAGUGAGGUGGAGAUCAUUAUCGUGUUGGUGCUCAAUUUUUCUGUUUUUUGCAGAGCACAAAUUAGACAAAGACGCAUCCACUUUUUGCGGAGCACAAAUUAGUUGAAUGUGCAGAAUCAGUUUGUGGGGAACUUGUUGAAUGUUUUUGGACUAGUUGAAGAACUAAUAGUCAUGUGGAACUUGCUAAAUUUUUGUGGAAAUGUAUGUAGAACUAAUGAAAUUGCAUGAACUGUAUGUGAUGGAUGAUAAAGCUUUAAUUGGAAUUGUAUGGUUUUAGUAGUGAAGUAUGUUUUUUAAUGAAGUUUUUUGGAUGUUUU